AUGGCUGACCGUGGACAGUCCAUCACAGAGGAGGAUUUCUACUGCCCCAUCUGCUGCGACAUCUUCAGAGAUCCAGUCCUGCUCCCCUGCUCCCACAGCACCUGCAACAUCUGCAUCAAGACCUUCUGGAACCGGCGAGGUUCUCGAGAGUGUCCCAUCUGCAGAGUGGUCUCCCCUAGCCCCAAUCCCCCUAUAAACAUCAUGCUGAGGAACAUGUGUGAACUGAUGAGGGAGGAGGUGCCCCAGGAGCCACCACAGGACAGUGUGGGUUUCUGCAGUCUGCAUAAAGAACCGCUGGAUUUCUUCUGCACUCAAGACCAGGUGAUGAUUUGUGGAAAAUGCAGAAGCACUACAGUGCACAAGAACCACCACAUCCGUUCUGCUGAAGACGCUUCACAGGACCUCAGGCAAGAGCUCCAGAUGAAGCUGAAGACCUUUCUAGAGAAGCUCAGAGACUACGAGCAUUGUAAACAGUCCUGGGAUGAAACAGCAGAGUUCAUUAAGAGGCAAAGCCAGCUCACAGAAACCCAAAUUAGAGAUGCGUUUAAGAAGCUUCAUCAGUUCCUGGAAGGCGAAGAAUCGGCUCGGGUGAUGGCUCUGAGGAGAGAGGAAGAGCAGAAGAACGAGAUCAUUAAACAGAAGAUGCAGGAGAUCCAGUCAGGGAUGUUUUCUCUCUCACACAUUAUUGAGUCCAUCGAGGAGCAGCUGCAGAGGAAUGCCUACCCCUUUCUCUUGAACUACAAGACUACAAUAGACAUGACAAAGUGUUCACUGCGAGAUCAGACUGGACCCUCAGGAAUGCUCAUUAAUGUUGCAGAGCAUGUGGGUAACGUGACGUUCAAAGUGUCAAAGAAACUACAUGAAAACAUUCGAUACAACCCAGUAACCUUUGACCCCAACACCGGCCAUCCUUACCUGCUGGUGUCGGAUGAUCUGACCACUAUCACAUACUCUGACGAACACUUCCAGCAGCUUCCAGCAAACCCCGAAAGAUAUGACGGCUACACCAGUAUUCUCGGUUCUGAGGGCUUCACCGCAGGGUCUCACACCUGGGACGUGGAGGUGGGCGACAACACAGCGUGGGCCAUCGGAGUGAUCACAGAAUCCACUUACAAAAACAGACUCAACCACUUCAGGAUGGGCAUGUGGUAUGUGGGCUUUUGCAAUGGUAAAUACGGGAAGGGGUAUUCUCCAGAGGCCAUCACGCUGCUGCGAGUCAGCCAGAAAAUUAAGAGGAUCAGGGUGAAGCUGGACUGGGAUAAGGGUAAAGUCACAUUCAUCGACUCGGACCGCAAUAUCAGUCUGCAUGUGUUUAAACACACUUUCACAGAGAGAGUGUUUCCUUAUUUUUAUGUUCACUGUAUGAAGCAUCCGCUGAGGAUCGUACCAUUGAAGACUGCAGUGGAAACAUAA